UGCCAGUUAGAACUUACAAGUAAUUGUGUCUUCGUGUCCUAAAUGAAUUGAGAACUGUGGUAUUCCUAUUAUAAACACGCCACCAGUUAUUAGCAAACGAGAAGCUGUACGUGAACUCAAGCUACCGCAGUACAAAGGUCGGUAAUCUCAGGUUCGGUGCUUGACUUCUUCUUGUUUACUAGUAAAACUGGUAACAAAUCGAGAGUCGUCAAGAGAAAAGUCGAUAACGGUAGUUUGCUGAUUGAUGACGUACUGCUCUGAAUCAAGAACUGUGGUGUGACAACGAGUAUUACUGGAUUUUUGAAAAGCCGUUAAAGACUACCAAACUGUGUACAAGUGCUAUGCUCAUGUCUCGUAGAAGGUGACAAACACUGUUCCUUUGUUACAAUAGGUUUAGCCGUGUUUUUAUGUCAGUGCAAUAUGAGCCGACGCUAUACACUAUCUCUGUGUUCUCCGAACAAGGAUUUGAAGUGGAUUAUAGCUGUUCUGUUAGUCUGUCAAUUACUUGUUUUAGCGGACUUGAGGCACACGACCCAUGUUCGGGAUUUCCGCCUGAUACGAUAUGAAGACCUUGUAGGUAGUGUGGACAGGUUCAGGCCAGGAGGGGUAACAACGUUCUCCCAGCUAUUGUUUGACAUCCCACGAUACCAGCUUAUUGUUGGGGCAAGGGACAGCUUGUACAGGUUGAAUUUGGAAGAAUUGAAACAAUUGGAAGAAGUACAUUUACCGUCGUCGGAAACCACAAUAACAAAAUGCAGGCAAAAAGGACAAAGCGUUGAAAACUGUCGUAACUUCAUCAAAGUUCUUCUUAGCCACAACAGCAAAUUAUUUGCUUGUGGUACGAAUGCCUUUUCUCCUGAGUGUUAUUGGCGAGAUAUCAAUUCCAUUAGAAACGUAAUAGAGAAAAUCCCAGGGGAAGCAAAAUGUCCUUAUAGCCCUCAUGAAAAUAGCAGUGCACUUAUUACAGUGCAGGGGGACUACUACAUAGCCUCAGCACUUGAUUUCUCUGCUCGUGAUAGUGCUAUUCAUCGUGCCUUGGGCAAGGGUCCAUUCUUGCGUACUGUACAGUACGAUGCACGAUGGUUAAGUGAACCAGACUUUGUUGCAUCCUAUGAAAUUGGAAACUUUACAUAUUUCUUCUUCCGAGAAUCAGCUGUAGAACACAUGAACUGUGGCAAGAUAAUCUUUUCUCGGGUAGGAAGAAUUUGUAAGAAUGACCAAGGAGGCCAGUUCAUGUUAAAAGAUAACUGGACAACAUUCCUAAAGGCUCGAUUAAAUUGUUCUCUUCCGGGGGAGUAUCCAUUCUACUACAAUGAGUUGCAAAGCAUUUAUUAUCUUGAGAGGGAACAAGUGUUCUAUGCUACUUUUACUACACCUGAAAUCAGCAUAUAUGGAUCAGCUAUUUGUGCCUUCAGCAUGGCAGCCAUACAUAGUGCUUUCAAUGGACCAUUCAAGUACCAGAAAAGUCAAGAGUCUCAAUGGGAAAGACAUAAAGGACCCCAUGAACAUUUUCAGUGUGAAACACCUGGCAGCAGUGAAAAUAUAUUAGAUGCUGACCACCUGAAAUUGAUGGAUGAGGCUAUUCAACCAUCUUAUUCUAAGCCUCUUUAUACAACUGAAUUGGAAAGGUUCAACCAUAUUGUAGUUGAUGUUGUGCCAACAAAGCACUAUGAUGAUCCCGCUCAUGUCAUCUUUGUAUCUAACAAUGAAGGUGUAAUAAGGAAGCUUGUAGAUGUACCUCAGAAAUUCCAGAUUUGUUUAGUUGAAGAGAUACAUGUAUUUCCACAAAAUAGCACUAAUAAAAUACUGUCUCUGAAGUUGCUAAAAGACACGAAUUCUCUCUACAUAGGAACAGACAAAGAAGUUCUUAGGGUUCCAUUACAUCGUUGUGAACGCUUCCUCAGUGAAACGUCAUGUUUAAAUGCAAUGGAUCCCUAUUGUGGGUGGAAUGAGUACCAGAUGGCUUGCACCACAGCUCCUCACAGAAACCCAGUAAGUUCCUUCUGGAAACAGGAGGAAAUUGGUUGCCCUCGCACCCAUUUACCAGUCAAUGGUGGCUGGGGACCAUGGACAUCUUGGUUUGAAUGUGAACAGAUAGAAAAAGAUGUGCUCAGAGACCUCUGUUUAUGUCGACAAAGGAAAUGUAACAGUCCAACUCCAGCCAAUGGAGGCAUGAAAUGUGAAGGCAUGGACUUUCAAGUUGCCAACUGUACACAAAAUGGACAGUGGACAGAGUGGUCAGCAUGGUCAGCUUGUUCUCAAACAUGUGGAUUAGCAGUAAAGACACGUCGGAGGACUUGUGGGAAUCCUUCCCCUGCUUAUGGUGGUCGAAUUUGCUUGGGUCCUGAGCGAGAGGAAAUCUACUGUACCACAAAUCCUCCCUGCCCUGGUCCUAUUCUACCUCCAGUGGAUGGACUGUGGUCAGAUUGGUCAGUGUGGACUGAAUGCACUGCUCUAUGUGGAGGGGGAAUACAGAUGCGACAACGAAAGUGUAAUAGUCCAGCACCCAAGAAUGGUGGUCGAGAAUGUCUAGGAUGUGAUCAUGAUUACCAACAAUGCAACACCCAUUCAUGUCCAGAAUUUAGAAAAACAAGCAAAUGGACUCCUUGGCUUCAAGCAAACAAAACUAAAGAUGGCUACUUUGAACAAAGGUUCAGAUUUAUUUGUAAUGCCAAUGUUGCACAGGAGAAUUUACUUCGUGUUGGAAACAUGAGAAGCGAGGAAAGAUACUGUUCAGAAGGAGGCAGGAACUGUUUUGAUGCAGCUUUUGUAAAUACAGAAAGAGGCUGGUCAGAAUGGUCUUUAUGGUCUGUGUGUUCAAAAUCAUGUGGUGGAGGCAUCCAGUCGAAAACACGGAUAUGUAAUAGUGAGGAAAGUGAUUGUGAUGGUGAAAGCUACAAAGAAAAAGAAUGCAACACACUGUCUUGCAAAGGUCUCGAAGGCUGGAAAGAAUGGUCAGAAUGGUCACUUUGUGAUAAGAAUGAUGAACAACAUAGACAACGAACAUGUAAACAUUCUAGUGAUGAGCCUGGUCAAUGUCAAGGUUCAAGUGAGCAAACAAGGAUGUGUAUAGCUGGACAAUUUGAUUACUCAACAAAAGCAAGUAGCCAAGAAGUGAAAGGAGUUUCUAUACCUACUGUGGUUGGUGUUUGUCUGGGGUCAUUCAUUCUUGGAGCAGCAUUGUCUGCCCUUGGAACAUAUAUGUGCAUGAAACGUCGAUAUGCAUUCCGUGAUGGUAGACUUUCAAAAAAGAUGAUACCUGUUAAGCAAAAUCACUAUAUAACAGAAAGUGAAUUAAAAAACAACAUGACUCCAAUCAAUGGCUCACCAGGAAAAUACCCAUUGAGAGAAGCAACAAUUAAGAGAAAUGGGCUUAGAACACCCAUACAUGCAGACCAGAACUUUUAGUGAACUCCAAGAGCAUUUUACAUGAACUGUAUGCACUUUACUAUUCACAGAUGUGGUAAAUUUCUGUGAAGAGUUCCUCCAAACAUCUUGUGAAAUUCCCUAGUACUACUAGGAUAAUAUGGAAGUUAGUAUAACAGAAUCACAUAUGUUUGGUAAAGUUCAGUCUAUAUGAACAACUUUAUGAAAAUCUCUCACUCUCUUUUUUUUUUUUAAUGUACCAUAAAGCAAUGUGAGUUGUCAACCAGCUGUUGGGGUAUCAGCUUAUAUUAGAUGAAAGCGGGUGGAUGAACCCACCUGUAUCGGGUGUACAGUUCCAGUAAAUGUGCCUUGUGUAAAGUAAACAUCUUAAUAGACUCUGGUUUUUAUGCCCUUUAAAAGAAAAAAAAAUAAUCAUGUUAGUACACAUAUUUUUUUUUUAUUAUUGUUACAACAUGACCACAGAAUUAUGUUGAUUACACGUUUGCCAGGAGGAAACAUUUCUGCCCAUGUCAUGAUCCUCAGAAUUGUAUUUCGUAGCUGAAUUAUACCAUACUUUCAACUUAAUAUACUAAACAGUUUGUUGAAAGGAACACUGAACAUUUAUGUGUUUUUAGACAUUUUUCAGGAAUCGCAAAGUAAGCUUCAGUCAUGACAUCAUAAUGCCAUAAAUGCAUUUAAUGAAUUAAUAGAAACUGUGAACUGUAAUAAGAAGGUAUCAAAGUGUGGACAAGUACAAACUGCAAAUAUGUGAUGUGUAUCAAGACGAGAAAAAACAGCAGGAAAAAAACUCUUCAGUAUUUUAUUAAAAAAAAAUAAAUAAAAGUAGUAAAAAAGAAAAUUCAUAUCUAUUUUCUGGUAUACCUCAAAUCAUCAAUUUAAAAAAAAUGUGAAACUGCUGAAAAUAUGUGCCUUCUAAUAGUUUCAAAUGUAUUCAAAAUAAAAUAUUAAUCGGCUACAAAGGAAAUCAUUGGUUAUCAGUGUACUGUAGAAUUACCUAACUAGUUAGAAUGAAGAAGAGGACUUUUUCCACAAGUAGUCAGUUUGUUUUCAUAAUUUUCAACAUCUUUACUCCUACUUCUAUGUUAGAAAGGACAAGUUGUUUCACUAAUACCCUUGUUAUUAUAUUUAAUAAGUGUAAUGGCUAAACUGAUGCCUUUAUUUCAAAGCUUUUGUAUAUUUUGAUAUUUGGUUUGUUUCACUCACUCAUGUUUCAAAUGUAACAUUAAAAAUGACCAGCUCUUUCAUCAUCAGUAAAUGAAUCUCAUUUAUGGUUGAUAGUUGUGUGGAAACAGUCAAAUGCAUUCUUAUUCUGAUAUUUCUCAUUGUGUAAUUUUUUCUAUUUACCAAAGGCAAAAAUUAAUACAGUUUUCAGACUUUAAAGAUUAAUACGUCAAUUCUGAAGUUCAUGCUUUAAUUUAUAAAACUUUAUUUGUUGUUAGCUAAAUAAUUGAUGGUAAUUAACCACAAAACAUCCAUAAUUCAUCUUAUGAGCCAAGAUUUAUCAAUUCUUGUUGAGGAAAAAGCCACAGUAAAAUCAGUCUUGCUGAGGUGUCGAACUGAGAACAUCUAACUGACAUUUAUUAUUAUUAUUAUGUAUAUUAUGAAUUUUGGCAAUAAGUUCAAACUAUCCCAAGACAAGAUCAUUUUUUAUAGAUUCCAUAAUAGGAAUUUUUCUAAGAUAAUAAGAACUUGUAGAACUGGCAAGAUAACUAAUUUACUGGUAUAUAGUACGUGAAUCAUUGGCACAUAAAUAAUGUUUUGCAUGUGUUUGAAGAAACUCUGAACAUGGAAAAAAAUUUCAAUGUACAGUAAAAUCUUGUUGAUCUAAACAUUUAUAUAGUCAUAUUUUAGUUUCUACAGCUGUUGUGAUGAAUUGGUGGCUUACUUGAUUUGGUUAACAACAUGCAGCAGUCAUACUUCUCACUGUCAUCUGCUCUUAUAUCAUCUUCUAAUCAUCUUUUUUCUAGCACUACCAUAUAGUACUUGAUUUAUAAGUACUUAAAGGAAAUAAUACAGAGUUGGUUGUAAUAAGUGAUUUUUUUCAAGUUAACGAAUCUUGCUUUUUUAGUCAUAAAUAACGAUAUAUGACUGGAAACUUUGCAUCUCUGAAGUUUUACUAGCAAAGGCUAAUUCAGUCUCAAAAAUAUAUUUCAAUAUUUUCAUUAAAUAGGAAGUUGUUGGAAUCAUCUUGCUCAGGCUAUGUUGCACAUUACUCUGGUAAAUAAUAAUAAAAAAGUUGGCCAGUUACAGUAAUGUUUUGAAAGUGGAUUUUGUAAUUGCGAUUCUGUUUGUUUAGUUUUUGAAUUAAUGUUUUAGAUGAAGGUGCAUAUGUGCAAAGAAAUACAUAUGUAAAAUAAUAAUAAAAGAUAAAUCUUAUGUUUUAGUAUGUCCAGCCUAGAAUACUAUAGGAAGCAAAUCAUAGGAGUGGUAUUUACUGAACUACAUAGUUUGUGAAUAUGGAAUGCUAAAAUUGUAUUUCUGGCUGUACACUUUUGAAUCUAGAAGAACUAAAGGAAAAACUGCAUUAAGUAAAUUAUCAAGAAACAACAGUUGCCACUAUAGAGAAAUAAUACAAAAAUCAUAAUGAAUCAGUUAAGAGGAAAUUAAAAAGACUGUCCUUUGAACUAGAUAGGUUAAACUGAAAGCUUAGAUAAUUUUUCUCUAUAUUAAACUACUGCUUCUAUGCACAUUUCCUUACUUGAUAAUUAUUUUUGAUUUAUUAAUUUCCAAAAUGAUUUUUUUUCCAAAUAAUUCAAACUAUUUUUACUGUUUUUCAUUUUUUCUUAGUUAAAAAAGUUGUAGAAAUUGUAUUUUAUCUUUGGUAAUGAACAUACCCAUGAUUUUUGAUUAUAGAAGAGCUUCUGUCACUGAAAAGACAGAAAUGUGUAUACUAAGAUUUCCAUUUGUGAAAAUAAUCGUAUAUUAUGCACAAGAGAAAUAUGGCUUAUUCUAUAGCAUUACUGGAAUUUGAGAUAUGUUUCAGUAUUCUGAUUUCAUCCAGCAUAAGUGCCAAAGUGUGUAAGAUUUAGAGGUAAAACUUUCAAAGUAUUAAAAUGGAGGCCAGAGAUGAUUAUACUUAUCAUUUUCAUAUUUCUUUAAAGGUGUUCCUGAAAUUAAUAUCUUUCUAUUGUACUCUACUAUAUGCUAUAUAAUUUUGAGGCUAAAUUUUGAUAAAAUGUAAUUUAUAAAAAAACUGGCCAUGUUUCGAUAUAUGUAGAACUGUUAAACUUGUAAAUAAUGUAAACAAGUCUAUACAUGGAAUCAUGUGUCCACUGUCUUUGCAAAGGAAAACUGUUCUACAGAAUACUAAUAUGGUAUCUAUGUAUUUCUUUGUAACUGUGUGAAAAAGAGGUGUUGUUACUUGGUUGUUUACAGUUGGUGCUGUCACUAAACAUUGAAUACAAAAUUUGAACAUUUAAACAAGUGCCUGUACAUCAAGGUGUAAUGGUUUAUAAUUAGUAGUGUUUCCACAGUAACGAUGAACACUAGUGAUAAGAAAACUUUGUGCAAUUAAUCAAACUGUUUCUAAAAAAUGCAUGAUGAUGAUUUAACUCUGAUUACUGUUAGUUUUGUCAUCGUUCUUACAAGCUUACUCAAGUUUUUAUAUAAUAAAAGUAGAUUCAUUAACAUGAUUUUACAUGUAGCCUUUGAAGGUCUAAAACUUGGGACUUGUGAUUGCAGAGUACUGUUUGUUAGUGCUAACACUUAUUAUGUAAGCCUGAAAAGCUAAUAAGUUUUAUAACAUAAAAAAUUUUUAAAUUUGAAUUUUUUAAGUAUAUCUUUAUUGGCUUUAUGCUUGCAUUGAUGCAUUCAGAUAAAAAAAAAAACUUGUUAAGUAAGUUUGUGAAAGUCAGUCCAACGAAUUUGAAUGCUCAAUAAUAUUAAAUGUCCAGUGAUGUGCCUACUUAAAAAUGAAUUGUAUUUUGAGUACUGGUUUAGGCAUUAUGACUUACUUGAUGAUAAGUUUUUUUGUAAAUUUGUGUAUAGACAAAAGUAUUUUGACAAAUAAAACUAUUUUGCUCACUAAA